AUGUUUAGACCCGUCAUCCGCAUUACCAGCCGCCAAUUGGCAUCAGCUGCUCGCCCAUCAGCCGUGAGAAGCUACUCGGCGCACGCCACCCCGCAGUCGUUCAACUGGCAAGAUCCGCUGAACGCAGCAAGCUUGUUUACGGAAGAAGAGCUGGCCAUUUCAGAAACGGCGGAGGCGUAUUGCCAGGAGCGCAUAUUGCCUCGAGUUCUUGAGGCAUAUAGGAAGGAAAACUAUGACAGGAAGAUCCUCGAGGAGAUGGGCGAGCUGGGCUUGCUCGGCGCUACGAUCAAGGGCUAUGACUGUGCGGGAGUAUCGAACGUAGCAUCUGGGCUUAUCACCAAGGCCGUCGAGAGAGUAGACAGCGGAUACCGGUCUGGCAUGUCUGUCCAGUCUUCGCUAGUAAUGGGGGGCAUUGACGAAUUCGGCACGCAAGAGCAGAAGGACAAAUUCAUACCGAAGAUGGCGAAGGGGAAGUUGCUGGGUGCGUUUGGACUCACGGAGCCGAACCACGGAAGUGAUCCGGGGUCCAUGGAGACGACUGCGAAGCCACACCCUACAAAGAAAGGGUAUUUUUCAAUCUCUGGGGCGAAGACCUGGAUCACAAAUUCGCCGAUUGCGGAUGUUUUAAUGGUCUGGGCGAAGCUGCAAGAAACGGGUAAAAUCCGGGGGUUCUUGAUCGAGAGGUCGGAGUGCCCACCUGGAACCCUAGAGACACCUGCUAUCAAAGACAAGAACGGACUGCGAGCAUCAAUCACUGGAAUGAUCCAGCUGGACGAGUGCCCUGUGCCAGAAGCGAACAUGUUCCCGAGCAUUGAGGGGCUGAGAGGACCCUUUACAUGCUUGAACAGCGCCAGAUAUGGCAUCGCCUGGGGCACUAUCGGAGCACUCGAGGACUGCAUUUCAAGAGCCCGGACUUACGCUUUGGAACGAAAGCAGUUCAAGGGCAACCCGAUUGCCAAGUACCAGCUGGUGCAGAAGAAGCUGGCUGAUGCCACUACGGACGCCGCAUUUGGCACCUUGGCAGCAGUCCAGGUCGGAAGACUGAAGGAUGCGGGUCAGGCUGCGCCGGAGAUGAUCAGCAUGAUCAAGCGACAGAAUUGCGACCGGGCGUUGGCCAACGCCCGGAUCCUGCAGGAGAUCUUUGGAGGCAAUGGAGUGAGUGAUGAGUACGGAAUUGGGAGGCAUAUAGCGAAUUUGUUCGUCACAACUUGUUACGAAGGCCAGUCAGAUAUCCACGGUACGUUGAGGUUCCUGUUACUGGACGUGGAGAGGAGAAUUUGGUGGUUGCUGACAGAUGUAGCUCUGAUUCUUGGACGUGCUAUCACGGGUAUCCAGGCUUUCGUAUAG